UCCCGCCCCGGGCCCGCGGCCGCCGGGCUGGGGGGCGCUGCUGCUGACUGCCCUGCGGCCGCGGCAGCGCACACCUGCGCCUGGGGAGCGGCUCUGCGCGGCUGCAGCCUGCGGCAGGAGCCUCCUUCCCUGGACAGAUUCCAACCCCCUGGACACUGGGAUGCUGGAAAAGCUGCUGUGGGUGCCCUGCCUUAGCAGCAGUGCUGGAGCCCCCACCGAACCACUGCUGCCCUUCCAGCUCCCUCCCUGCUGCUCCGUGCAGCCGCAGCUCGGGAAGCGGCUCCCUGUUUCCAGGCUCUGGUGAUGCGGGAGGAUGCUGAGGGUUUCUGGGCGCCUCACCCCUGCCUCCAAACACGCUGUCCCUCUCCUGGGGGGUAAAAAUAAAGCAGCAUUGUUUAAUUUCUGGAAAAAGCCAGAUGACAGUGGAAGGGGUCAGAAAUAUCCACAGCAGCCCCCCCAGCCCACUGUCUCAGCUGUUGCUUCCUGAGAGACAGAGGCAUGUGACUGCUAAAAAUACCCUGCAAAGAGAAAACCUUCCCUCUCCAAUGGGAGAGUAUAAAUUAGUCCCAGUCACAGCUCAGUCCCUGCCUGUGGCUGAGGGAAGCCACUCCAAAGGUGGCUUUCAAACAGGGGGUUCCUCAUGAAGCAGUAGCCCAGCCCCGGCACAGGUCAGGGAUCUUUGCCUCCUGCCUCUCCUGCUCCCACUCUCUUCCCUUCUAUGGGAAGCAGCGUGGCGGGGGUGGGGGCAGGCCAGACCGUUUAUAAGCGUGGCACUGUGGCGAGGCAAAGCUGACAGGAGUGACAGGAGAGCUUGGCUCACCACCUCCCGAGCCGCGGGGUCCCCAGGAUGACCAGAGGGGGAAUGGAGUCGGUGGAGUUGUUCACGUCUGAAGGCAAAGGCAGGGGCUUGAAAGCCCAAAAGGAGUUCUUGCCUGGGGAUGUCAUCUUUGCAGAGCCAGCCUAUGCAGCUGUGGUUUUUGACAGCCUGACACAUGUCAUCUGUCACACCUGCUUCAAGCGGCAGGAGAGGCUCCACCGCUGCGGGCAGUGCAAGUUUGCCCACUACUGCGACCGGACCUGCCAGCGAGCAGCCUGGCUGGAGCACAAGCAGGAGUGCUCGGCCCUCAAGAGGCAUGGCAAGGCACCCUCCGAAAACAUCCGGCUGGCUGCCCGCAUCAUGUGGAGGAUGGAGAGGGAAGGCAGUGGGCUGGCAGAGGGCUGCCUGGUCUCCAUCGACGACCUGCAGAACCACGUGGACAGCUUCAGAGAGGAGGAGAAGAAGGAGCUCCGCGCUGAUGUGGAGAGCUUCCUGGAGUUCUGGCCACCCCAGAGCCAGCAGUUUGGCAUCCAGUUCAUCUCCCACAUAUUUGGAGUGAUCAGCUGCAACGGCUUUACCCUCAGUGACCAAAGAGGACUGCAGGCUGUUGGAGUGGGAAUCUUCCCCAACCUGUGCCAGGCUAACCAUGACUGCUGGCCCAACUGCACUGUCAUCUUCAACAACGGCAAUCAUGAGGCUGUAAGGUCAAUGUUCCACACACAGAUGAGGAUCGAGCUGAGGGCACUGAGCAAGAUUCCUGCAGGGGAGGAGCUGAGCGUUUCCUACGUGGACUUCCUGAGCCUGAGCGAGGAGCGACGCAGGCAGCUGAAGAAGCAAUACUACUUCGACUGCACCUGUGAGCACUGCAAGAAGCAGAUCAAGGAUGACCUGAUGCUGGCAGUGAAGGAAGGGGAAAGCAAGCCCUCUGCAGAAGCAGUGAAGGAGGUGAUCCAGUUCUCCAAGGACACGCUGGAGAAGAUCAACACGGCCCGCACGGAGGGACUUUACCACGAGGUCGUGAAGCUGUGCCGGGAGUGCCUGAAGAAGCAGGAGCCUGUGCUGGGGGACACAAACAUCUACCUCCUGAGGAUCCUGAGCAUUGCCUCCGAGGUGCUCUCCUACCUCCAGAUGUUUGAGGAAGCAGCAGACUACGCCAAGAGGAUGGUGGAUGGCUACCUGAAAAUAUACCAUCCCAACAACGCCCAGCUGGGCAUGGCCGUGAUGCGGGCAGGGGUGACUCACUGGCACGCCGGGCUCAUUGAAGCCGGGCACGGGCUGAUCUGUAAAGCCUAUGCCAUCCUCCUGAUAACCCAUGGGCCUUCCCACCCCAUCACCAAAGAUCUGGAGGUCAUGCGUGUCCAGACCGAGAUGGAGCUGCGCAUGUUCCAGCAGAAUGAGUUCAUGUACUACAAGAUGAGAGAGGCUGCCCUCAAGAACCAAAAGAUUCAAGUCAUGCCUGAACCCAGCAAUGAGACCUCACCAAGCCUCUUCCACAAAAAGGAAUAAAGCCCUCUCUUGAGCCAAAUCUGUGCCUGUGGGAUAACAUUAGCUGUGGCACCUCCGAGCACUAGGAAUGCUGCCACAUAUCCUUGCUUCCAGCGGCACCAGCCCCCGCCCCAGCAUGGACCUGCUGGGAGAGUCCUGAGACAUCUUCUGAGGGUGCAAAGCAGAAGAGAUCUUGGCAGAAGCACCAUCUUUCUUGCUACCACUAGCAUUAAAAAUCAAAGCCAGAAAGCCUGUUAUAAAACCAUUUCUGUU